AUGUCGCUGCCUCCGCAGCGACAGCCGAGAGGCCGGGGUUGUCCUCCUUCUCAACCGGACUUUGUUUCUCGCGCAUCCUCGGCUUCUUUGUCGUGGCAUCCGAGUCAGGCUUCAUCUAUCCGCAGUCCAGGCAAACGCCCGUCCCGAGGCGAUUUGGUCGAAAGGUCAAACGUGUCGCGUGACGCUUCCCAAGUGGAGUGCCCUCCCGCUGUAGAGGUCUCGCCCUCGUCUUCGUAUCCCGCCGCGACUCUGUUCCACGGGUCGGUUGGCGCCCUCAGCGACGCUGGCGCCGCGGCAGGCGGCAAAUCCCCUCUUGAGCGACCUGCGCGUCACGUGCUUGCAAGUCGCACGCCUGACUGUUCACGCUCGCCUCUCUCCGGCGCGCCGCAGCGCAAGGCAUGCGCCUGCGCGUGUGCUUUGGGGUGCUGGCCUGUCGCCGGAGGUGCAACGGGAGUCGGCGCUGAGGCGCGGGCGGCAGACGCGACCGCUGGCACUCAGGACGCUGGGCGCUCUUCUGGAGAGUCGCCAGACAACGAAGGCCGCGGCGUGGGACGCUUGGCCGCGCGUGCGCCGGGGGACAGGCUCGACGCGCCUCAGGGGCCUUCGGUCCAGGAAGGAGACAAGGGCUGGUUGCCCGUGCUGCCGCCGAGUGAAGCCUUCGCGACGUCCAGUUUCCCGCGUGCGGAUGCUGGCGUGUCUCCACGUGGAGCGGCUGCUCAAGAGAGGCGGGACGCCUCGCGUGCUGCGGUCUCUCUGCGUCCGCAGGCCACCUCGCGGACCUCUGGGCGGCCGCACCCGACGCAAAGUCGACCGGGUCGCCGCCGCCCCGGCUCUCGGCAGCUGGCCUCGAGCCCAGGGUCCUCCGAGCGAUGGCGCGCGGUCGCGGCUGAGACGGUUUGGGGGCCUCCGGACGGAGGCCUCGCGCCGGGAGCCGCGCGCGCUGGGCUGGCCUCCCCCGCCGCAGACGAAGCGGUCUGUGGCGCCCUACCGCGGCUGCGCACCCCGUCGGACAGCUGCUGCUUGGUCGCGCAGGGCGACUCCUGUCUCCUGCCGGCGACUACGCCGCUGUUCAGCGUCGCUGUCUCCGUCUGCGCGGCGCCGCCCCCCGACGCGCGCGACGAGGCGCAGGCCGGUGUCUCGUCUGAGCGGCGCGCGGCGCCCGCCGCAGGCUGGGCGGCUCUCCGCCACCCCCUGCGCAGCGCACAGGAAGAGCGCGAGAGGACCGCUGCCCGCGUGCGAGAGGAGCAGAGACAGGUGCUGCUGGAAAUUGAGCGUCGGAGGCGAGCGGCGAAGCAGCGGGGCGAGCCGGACGGUGACCGCCCGCCCCCCGACCUGGCGUGCAAGCUGUGUGGCGUGGACGGCGAGGGCAACCUGCUGCAUCCGGGGUGCGUCGACAUGGCGGCGUUCCUCGCGUCUCUCGGUGGCCUGUACGACCUGGAUUUCAACCACGACGAAGAGCAAAGCACGCAGAAAGAACUGAAGGAGCUGCAGGCGAAGCUCCAGCGGCUCCUAGUCAAGAUGGGGCGGUCCACUGGACGCGGCGAGGGCGGCGGCGCCGCCUCGCAGAAGGAGCCACCGCGCGUGCCGGAAACCGUCUUCCAGAACGUGCUCGAGAAGGAAAUGAGGAGCUUCCAGGACCUGGUCAUCGACGAGCACAAGGAGAAGAAAAAACUCUUCAAACAACUGGCCGGCGGAUGCCGCCGACACGUGGAAGCUGUCGAGAAAAAGAAGCAGAUGAAAGCAGAGGAGGAGGAACGGCGCCUGCGCGCCGUGGCCAAGAGUACGUGCGGACCGGUGGAGAUCUUUUGGCAACGUAUCGAGCGCCUCGUGUGGGAGAGAGAGAAGCGCCAGCUGCAGCGGCAGCUCCACGAGAAGAAGAAGCAGCGACUCGAUCGCUUGGUCAACGAGGCAAUGCAGCAGUGCCGUCGGCUCGCUCAGGGGCUGCGCAAGCCGCGGCCUUCAGGCGGCGCGAACGGGCAGUCUGAGCGGGAGGCCGGAAGGCGCGCGACUUCGAACCCUUCCUCGCGGCGGCUCAGCUCUGUGUCGGAGGACGAGGCGUCAGCGAGCCGGAAGCAGAGCGCCGAGCCGAGUCUGCGACGGCGGAAGGGGAAGCGCGGCGGCAAGGCGGAAGGGGAAGCGCGCGGCGACAGGCGCCCGAGCGCGGAAGACGAAGCAGGCCCUGAGGGAGACGAGGAGGGAGAGUGGACUGCCAAGCUCGCCGCGGACCAGGAGGAAGAAGACGAGUGCCUCGAGGCGGAAAUGGAGAGCGAAGAAAACGAGCAAGAAGACGCUGCAGCUGAGCUCCGCGGCCUGCAAGAUGAAGCAGAUAUGCCCGUUGAGGAGCUGCUGAAACGGGUUUACGGGGUCGAAGGAGGCCGGAGCCAACUGGAGUCCGACAGGCUGAAGGAGGAGAGAGAGCGGGUCCACGCCGAGGAGACUGAAGAGGGCGCCGACGCGGAAGCGGACGACCGGCAGGCAGAAGGCAGUGGAGAGGAAGACGGAGGCGUGGACGAGGAGGGGCGGUGGUCGGGUUUUAAUUCGGCGGGAGAUCAGGAGGAAGAAGACGAGCGCCUCGAAGCCGAAAUGCAGCGAGAGGAGGAGGAGGAAGACGACGCCGAGGCGGAACUCCGCGGCUUACAAGACGAAGCAGAUAUGCCUGUCGAGGAGUUGCUGAAAAAGAUCUACGGAGUUGAAGGCGGCCAGGCGCAGCUCGCCUCCGACCGGCGGCGGGAAGCGCGCGAGAAGGCCCAGAGGGCGGCGGAGGCAGACGAAGAGCGGGACGAGGCGACAGACGAAGAAGAUGAGCAAGAAGAGGUGGCUGCAGAGGCUGAUUCGGAAGCAGAGGAGGAAGAAGAAGGCGAAGCACGCGAGCGACCCCCAGAGAAAGGCGCCGAGAAGGCGAACGACGGGCGUUCACAAGGUGGAGACGACACGCGCGGGGAAGCUGCUGGUGCAGACGAAGACGAGAAUGGCGAGUUCAGCGUGGACGGAGGCGCCUUUGGGAAACAGGCAGAAGAAGAUGACGAGCUGGAUGCAGCGAUGGACUCCGAAGAGGAAGAGCCCGAGGAAGACGAGCUGAAAGCCCUCCAGGAGGAUGCCGAACUGCCCAUAGAAGAGCUGAUUCGAAGAUUCGGUCCCCCGUCCUCAGGCAGGCGCCGCAGCGGGGAGAGUGAGGACGAGCAAGAGGAAGACAGCGCCAGCGAAGAAGAGGAAGAAGAGGAGAUUGUCAUCCCGGUUUUUCACCGCAGCACGCGCCAGAGAGCGGCGCGUUGUCGCGAGGCGUCGCCGAACUCCUCUCCGGUUAAAAGCGGCGAGCCGGGCGACGCAGUGAAGCGCGAGUCUGCGCAGGCAGGCGGAUCGCCGGCUGCGCCCGGCGGCGGCGAUGAGGUCAAGGGCCCUGAAGAGAAGUUUGUGAAGCGCGAGACGCUCGCAGCGUCCGCGGCGGCGAGUGCGUCGUCUGCAGAGUCCUCCUCCUCGUUGUCGGAGGCGAAUCAUCUGUCGCCAGUUGGCGCACAGAGCACAAAGGCGGAAGGCGGAGCUUUGCAGCGAGCGUCGCCGGUGAACCAGAAGAAAGAGGAGAGUGAGUCCUCGUCGUCGCCUGGGUCGGAAGCGGCGGACGCAAGGGCUCCAAAGCGAGAAAAGACGCGCCGGCCCUCGUCGUCGCCGUCUGGCAAGCGCGUUGAGUCUGCAGAGGCGUCAGAGGGCGAGAGGUCCUGGGGCGAUGACUCUGAGGCGACGGACGAGGGGAAAGAGAGCGGACGUGCCGCUGCAGCUCCUCCUCUGUCGUCUAAUCCAGCGCCUGAGUUGGUGAGGGCGACGCUGCGGACGUAUCAGUCGGAGGGCGUGGAUUGGCUGUUUGCGUUGCACGAGAAGGGCUUGAACGGCAUUCUGGCGGACGAGAUGGGCCUGGGGAAGACGCUGCAGACGAUUGUACUUCUCGCGCGGCUCGCGGUGGAGCGCGGCGUUUGGGGUCCGCACUUGAUCGUUGUGCCGACGAGCGUCAUGCUCAACUGGGAACGCGAGUUCUUCAAGUUCUGCCCGGGCUUCAAGGUGCUGGUCUACUUUGGCAGCGCGCAGGAGCGCGCCAAGAAACGCACGGGCUGGUCGCGACCCUACGCGUUCCACGUCUGCAUCGCCUCCUACUCGACUGUCGUCAAAGACGCGCAGAUCUUCAAGCGGAAAAAAUGGUAUUCGCUCGUCCUCGACGAGGCCCAAAACAUCAAAAACUUCCACAGCCGCCGGUGGCAAACCCUCCUCACCUUCAAUACGCAGCACCGCCUCCUCCUGACCGGCACGCCCCUCCAAAACAACCUCGCGGAACUCUGGUCACUCAUGCACUUCCUCAUGCCCACUGUCUUUCAGUCCCAUGAAGACUUCAAGGAAUGGUUCGGCGACCCUCUCACUGCCGCCAUCGAGCAGGAGCAAGUCUCUGAGCAUCAGCAGCUCCUGGAGAAGCUCCACGCACUGCUGCGACCGUAUCUCCUUCGGCGGCUGAAGAAGGACGUCGAGAAGCAGAUGCCGCGGAAGUACGAGCACGUGGUUCGCUGCGCGUUGACCAAGAGACAAAAAUGCCUAUACGACGAAUUCAUGCAGCGCCGCCAAGUUCAGCAGACCAUGGCGGCCGGCAGCUACCGCGGCAUGAUGAACAUCUUGAUGCAGCUGAGGAAGGUGUGCAACCAUCCCGACUUGUUCGAGCCGCGGCCAAUCGAAACGCCCGUCGGCGGAGGAGGCGUCGACGCCCUCGCGUACGAGGUCCCCUCUCUCGUCUGCCUCUGGCUCUACGAACCGUGGAACUGGAGCAUCGAAGAACGCUUCCGCCGCGUGACGCUCCCGAUUGUGUCGCUGAUCCACUACGAGAUGCGGCUCUCGACCUUGCAGCACGGCCUGGCUCAGAGCCUGUCGCCGCUUCUGCUACUUGUUCCCCAGUCUCCUUCGGCGCGGGCACCAUGCUCGCCCUUCGAGCUGCUGUCCGCGGCCACGCCUCUCGAGGCGUGUGACCUUCUCUCUCUGCCGCAGCCGAUUUACACGCGCCGCCGCUCUGCCGCGACGGCGUCGCCCGCGUCGCCGCAGCCUGCGAGUUCGUAUUCGUUUUCUGCGGACGGCAGAACAGCCGUUGGGGCGAGUGUCCGUCGUGAAGGCGCCUUUGAGGGCGAGGAAGCCGCGGCUCCUUUCGGCGCACACAACGCUGGGGGUCUCCCUCGUGGUGACAGGACCCUCGGAGCGUCAGUGGGAGGCCUGGCUUCGCACGCAUGCGCGCCUGGUGCCGAGGCGUCCUCUGCUCUCAUCGCAGCGGCUGGUGAAGCGAAGGACGCUGGCCGCGCGGCGGGUGUAAGGGCGGGCUUUCUGCUUUCCACAGACCUUCCGCCGGGCGAGGCACUGCGACCUUCUCAGGCUUGUCUCCCGCUCUCUCUCUCUGCCUCAUUGUCACCCUCUUCCGCUUCUGCGCCCUCGGGCGCGCCGUCUGCCUGGGGUCCCCCGUCAUCGUCGUUGGAUGCGAUGUGCUCCGCCUCCUCGGCGGCCAGCGGCUCCUCAGUCUCUUCUCUCCGGUCUUCCGCUUGCCUCUCUGCCGCUGAAGUUACGCGUCUCUCGUCUCUCUGCGCCGCCCGGGUAGCGCCCCCCUCUGGAGGAUCUCCACAGCCUAACGGCGUCGCGCCAGGCCAUUCCUCGUCGUCGUCUCCCUCCGUCUGGUUGCCUUCCGCUGGCGCGUCUUCUGCGCCGAAACCUCACGCCCAGCAGGCGUUCCACGUGUCGCCCUCGCGUUGUGACGCCGCAGCGACCAAGGGACUCGCCCUCAGCCUGCGGGGCGAGGGCGGCGGCGGCGGCGCCGACGAGCGAGACGCGCGCCGUCGGGCAGGAACGGGGCCCCGGUGCUCCGCAGACAUGCAGCCGGCCUCGCCGCUGACUCCCGUGGACGCCGGUUGCCAAGAUGCUGAGGAGGGCGGUGCCGGAAGCCGCGAAGGACCGGGGGACCGCGACCCGGCGCGACUCCCUCCGGCCGCGGCGCGGGCCCGCUUUACGGCGUGCGAGGGCAGCCACGGCCAGGCUCCGCCGUCGCCGUUCUCCGAGGAGGAGGGGGAGAACGGCGACGGCGGCGCGCGCGUGGUGUCCCCUGCUUUCUCGCAAGACGACAACGCGGCGGUGUUUUCAGACGCACACUCGGGUCCUCUGCGUCCGCACGCCGCCCCCCUCGCAGGCGUCGCGCCGCCUCUUGGUGCGUCGCUCCCUUCUUCCGCUGUCCCUUCUUUUCAACUGAACGGUUUCGCGGCGGCGUCCUCCCCCCCCGACCUCCUCCUCCUCCACUCCGCUCAAGAGGAAGGGGCUCCCCUCCCGGGGGGCUCGCCUCCCUCUGGCGUGUCGCCGUCCGCGGCGACACGCGACGGCGAGGCGGAAGCCCGCGCGCCGGGGCCGACGGGGCUGCGGGUGUCUGCGCGCGUGGCGGCGCGCCGGUCGCGCGAGAACGGGCGGAGCUCGCCGACGGAGGGCUCGCUGAGGGCGCUCGAAGAGCGUGUGGCGGACGCCGUCGCCUCUGCUGCCUCGGGGCCUUCGCUCCUGCCUGCAAAGAAAAGGAGGAUGCUCUGCGCGGCGGCGGAUCCCCGCGGCCGCCGCCCCGCAGGCGAGGCUGAGGGCAGGGUUGCGCGGCUCGUGCCUCAGCUCGGCGCCCUCGUGGAGGUUCCAGUUCUGCAGGCUGCGGCGUCGCAGGCCAGUCCUCCGGGGCGUCCGUCGGCGGCGGCUAGUGGUGCUGCAGCCCCGCUGGCUCCGGGGGUGCCUGCGCGGACGGCGCUGGUGCUCACUCAGCCCUUUGGAUGCGCGUCGAUUCCGGACUUGGAUGGGUUUUUGGGCGCGCACGCCAGGCGCCGCUGCUUCGGCGGCGAUCGCCGGUUCCUGCUGCGGAACUGCUUCCCGGCGUCCCCUGUCUUCGUCGCCCACCUCAUGCGCCAGCAGCAGGACAGCGAGCGAGACUGCGGAGUACUCGUGGAGGACGAGGACUUGGGCCUCGGGACCGGCGAGCGCCCGGCCAAGGCGGCCGCGUUCCCCUCGCCCCUCAAGGCGGCGGCAGGCGACCCAGAAGGCGGCGGCGGGCUCUCGCUCGCCGCUUCUGCGGGCCUGGCGCACCCUCUGGGGCUGCGCGGCCUCGGCGGCGCAGCGGGAGCAGGCGCAGCCCCCCCCACCGAGCGGGGGCGGCCGAGGCGCACCAUUCGAGGCAUCAAGCGGGCUGGAGGCCUGUGGAGGCGCUGGAUCUCCGGCGAGAGAUCCGACGCGCGCCCCGGUCUGUGCCUUUUAGACGAGACCGGCGGCGAGUCGCUCCUUGACGAUCUCAGAGGCGGCUCCGAAGCUGAAGCCUGGAAAGAGCUCACUGCCGGCGCCCAAAAAGCGGAACUCCAAACGGCCUGCGGCAGACCCGCUGAACCCUUCAGUGCCGCCGUCGACGCCAACGAAGACACUCGCAGACGCAAAGCAGAUUUUCGCAGAGCUGAAGAGGCCAAGGGUGAGGCGUCGCGGGCGAUGUUUUUGUUCCACUCCGCGCUCUCUCUGGCUUCCCCGCCGCCUUUCGGCGGCUGUGACACGCGAGAGUUGCUUCGGAAGGAAAUAAGCCUGUCUGCGACGAAUGCCAUGGGGACUGUGCACGAGCCGAUAAGGAGCGCCGCGGACUUGCUCUCGCGCACCGAGACACUUCGGCAGAUCACGCCGACGCCGCGCGAGGUCUUUGAGCGCGACCAAGCUCUGAUUCUGCGCUGCUCAGUUCUGUGCAACCCCCGCGUUCAGCCGGGCGCCCCCCGCAUUUACUUGCGCGGCCCAGGCGGCAUCGCGGCGCGAGAGAAUUCCUUCGCGGCGUUUGCAGAGAGUCUCGAGCUUCUGCAGGAGAGCGCGGCCGAGCUCCAUGAAGCUGUGGAGCGACAGCGGCGCAUUUUCCCGCCGAAGCAGACGCUGCAAGACGACUGCGGAAAGCUGAUUGUCCUGGCGGAGCUCCUGACCAAGCUGCGAACUGACGGCCACCGCUGUCUGCUGUUCACGCAGUUCAGCAAGAUGCUCGACGUGCUUGAGUCGUGGAUCAACCAUCAAGGUUUCACGUACGUCCGGCUGGACGGCAGCACCAAGGUCGACCAAAGGCAGAGGGUAGUGACCCGCUUCAACGCGAAUCCGCGCAUUUUCCUCUUCAUCUCGUCCACGCGAGCGGGCGGCAUCGGGCUGAACCUCACAGGCGCCGACACAGUCAUCUUCUACGACACGGACUGGAACCCUGCGAUGGAUCGUCAGGCAAUGGACAGGUGCCAUAGGAUCGGGCAGACGCGCGACGUGCAUGUGUACCGGCUGGUCACUGAACACUCGAUCGAAGAAAACAUAUGGCGCAAGCAGCUUCAGAAGCGGCUUCUCGACCAAGUCGUCGUGGACCGCGGCCUCUUCACCAUGGAAAACACGACGCGCGAAGGGAAUUUCCGGCAGCCGGCGCAGGACGAGGACGCCGCACGUGAAUGGUUCGCCAACGCCGAGACGCUGAAAGAUCUGCUCGCGUCCCCGGAGGAGAGCCAAGCGAAGUGUGGCUUCAAGGGCGACAUCUACGCCGACCGAGUCCUCCACGAUUCCGGGGAGGACAAUCCUGACGACGCGGACCCGUUGUCGCACGCGGAGCGAGGCAGACGGCGCAAGCGGGACGGACGAGAGACGGGCGAGUUCGAGGCCGCCAUCCUCGAGGUGGAGGACGGGGAGGACGUGGCGGCCAUGCAGCAAACGACGCGCGAGGAGAAGCAGGCGAAGCAAGAGUUGCAGCAGGAUUUCCGAGGGGAGAAGCCAGGCGAAGAAGGCCCAGUAGAUUUCAAUGGUGCCCUGGAGCGCAUGCCUGCCCUGGCGGCGUACUGCGUCCGCCUCAUCAACGAAAACAAACCGCCCUCGCUUCUCACCCAGAUAGCUCAGCUCAAGACGCAAGUGCGGGCUGAAGGAGACGAAGACGAGGCAGCGAGUGAGGAGCAACGGAGCGAGGUGGACGAGACGCCGGAGUCUAGUGGCGACGAGCCCGCGCAGUGGGAGAGCGAGAUCGAAUCCGAAGAAGAGACGGAUUAG